CUGAGCCCUCAAACUACAGCUGUCUAAUUCUAUUCAUUCCAUAAUAAUCACUUCAAUCCAUUGCAUCAGAUCAGAUUUAGCUGCAUAAAUUUGACUUCAUCUUUCAGAAAUAUGAUCCACAAAAUUGACUCUUUCACUGAUUGAUUUUUACUACAACACGAGAUUUGAAGUUAGAAUUCCACUUCCUCAAGUUACAGGUCAUGUGAAAUGAUUUGAGGUUUUUCUUCUUUUUCAUUGAUGUUACUUUUUGAAAAACAGAUUACAGACAUAUACAUUCACUAGGAAGCCAUUUGAAUAAGUGAAAAGGGAAAAUAGACAGCAAACAAUUCUAUUCAAGAUUUCUGUUUUCCAAGUUGGUAUUGAUUAACAACUUCAUAAUCAGUCUCAGAUUUCUGCGAGCCUUCUGGGAUAUCUUGUUUUGGAUUUUCAGAUUCAGCUUGAUAUAUACUUUCCUUUUCUUUUCAUUGGGUGGAAAUAGAAGGAAAAAAUGGGUGUUGAAUUGUUGGAGAUUGGAGUUAAAGUGAGGAAAGGUGCGAUUUUUACAAUCAGAGGAUGCUUUAAAACAGUUUGCAGUCAUCCAUUUCUUGUGGGCAUGCUGUGUUUCUUGAUAUAUUUGUACAGAUCAUCUCCUUUGAUUUUUCAAUUAUUGCUGUCUGCAUCUCCUAUCCUUGUGUGCACUGCUGUUUUGCUUGGAACCCUUUUAAGUUUCGGGCAACCAAAUAUACCCGAAAUCGAAGUAGAGGAGAAGACAACUGUAGAGGCUCUGUCUAUUAAGAGUCAUGUUUUGGGUGAUGCUACUGUCGUUGAGGAAAAUGAGAGCCACUUUGUUGAGAGAUUUGUUGAGAAUGUUAGGGAGGAUUUGAAUGAUACUGCCCCGUUGAUUGAGGAAAGAUCGCGGGGAAGUGAGGCGAGUGAUGGUGAGGAGAGGGGAAGGAAGAGAGAGUUGGGUGAGUUGAGGUAUAAGGAGAAAGGUGAGUGGAUUGAAGAGAGGCUUAUCAAUGGGGAUGCAAAGGUAAAUGGUGCAGUUAUUGAAUCAGAUGAUGAGAAAUCAGAAGCAGAUUCUUUUGAUUCCGAGAAGGUGAAUGUGGAUUCUCUGGAUUCACCCCCUCUCUCUCCUUGGGCACGAGUCGAGGAGCGGGAGGAGGAAAAAGAGGAAGAAUCAGUGAAGGAGCAAGAUGAGGAUGAGGAGGAGGGCUCGGAUUCUGGAUCUGAUUGCGCUGAGAGCUCCUCUCCGGAUGCCUCAAUGGCUGACAUAAUCCCAAUGCUUGAUGAGCUCCAUCCGUUGCUCGAUGAGGAGGACGGCCCUCAAAAUGCUCGUCUCUCCCGUGGUAGCUCAGAUGUAGCAUCGGAAAAGUCACUAAAAUCGAGUCAUCAGUCGGAUGAUGAGUCUGAAAAUCAUGAGCACUUGGAAGCUGCUGAUGAUGAAAAUGAAGAUGGUGAAGAUGAAGAAGAUGCACAAGGAGACAAGGACGAGGAGACGAAAUCCGCCAUUACAUGGACAGAGCAGGACCAGAAGAAUCUCAUGGAUCUUGGAAGCUCCGAGAUAGAGAGAAACCAACGUUUGGAGAAUCUGAUUUUGAGGAGGAGAGCAAGGAAAAACACAAGCUCGAGCUUGUUUGCAGAGAGGAACUUGAUAGACUUGGAGAGUACCGAUCUCCCUUUUAACAUUGCUCCCAUUUCGACGAGACGACAGAAUCCGUUUGAUCUCCCUCAAGAUUCUUAUGACGAUUCAGGACUGCCUCCCAUUCCUGGUUCAGCUCCCUCUGUUAUGUUACAAAGGCGGAACCCUUUCGACAUUCCUUAUGACUCAAGCGAGGAGAAGCCUGACCUUAAGGGAGAUGUGUUUCAAGAGGAGUUCACAUCCCAACCCAGAGAGCCAUUUUUCCGCAGACACGAGAGCUUUAAUGUCAGAUCUUCGAUGUUUGCACCUAAGAGGCAAGAAUCCAGGAUGAGGCCUUACUUUGUUCCCGAGCGAACAAUCUCCGAAGAAUCGAACAGUUCUCUGUUUCAGAGACAGUUGAGUGGACUUAGUGACUCGAAGGGGAGCUCCAUACCUGAAACUGAAUCAAUCACUUCAGUUGAGGAUAUUGAGGACAAGAAGCUUCCAGAAACAGAUUGUCUGCCAGAAAGAGAGGUUGAGGAUAUUGAGGACAAGAAGCUUCCAGAAACAGAUUAUCUGCCAGAAAGAGAGGUUGUGGAACAAGCAAGAGAUGCCGAUGAGGAGGAGGGCCCUUCUCGUGAUCCAGAGCUGAUUAGCCUACAGGAGGUAGACACUGAAGAGAUGAUCUCCAAGAUGGAGAGUGUUGCCGAACAUAUCGGGCAUGGAAGUCAAUCUUCGGAAGACGGAGAUAGUCUAGAGUUAGACCAUGUCGAGAAUAGAGAAGUGCAAGUUGGAGAAUCUCAAUUGGAGGUGGAGGAUAAAACCUAUUGCUACGAGCAAGGAAGUGCAUCCCAAUGCAUGGAAGCUCAGGGUUUUGUACAUGGUUCAACCAUGGAAGCUGUUGAGUCAAGAUACAAUAGAGAUUCAAGCUCCUCAUCACUUUCAGAAGUGAGUGAGAGGGUCUUCAUUGACACAGAAGGUGAAGGGCUAUCAAUGGUGGAGGGAAACAGAGAUGUUGAAGAACCAAGCGUCUCGAACGAAACUUCUUUAGGAAGUACUGAUCUGAAUAUCACAAGUGCAUUGGCUAUCGACAUAACACAACGGGCACCUGUUUAUGAUUCUAGCCCCCGAGGACUCGGUCAGAAUACAUCAUCUUCCUCCGUUUCUUGUGAUGUGCUUCCCGUAUCUGAAGGGAGUCGUAGGGAAAUCGAGACAGACAUCGAGAUGUUGCCUGAUUCGUCAAUUUCCCAAUUAGUAGCAGGUGAAUCUAUGCCAGUUGAUUUCGUUGAUAUAAGAGAUCAUGAAAAUGCAAACACUGAUUUAAGGCGAAGUUCUUCAUCCACGUCUUCUGCUUCGAUGGAGGAACAUCUCAUGGAGAAUCAAAUAUUGGAUGAAGUUUCAGUGUCCACUGAUGAUAAAACUAUUCAUGGCCUAGUUGGAGUAACUGAGACACAACUUGAAGAUCUGCCGAGAACAGAAAGUUCAAUCUCCGUUGAUUCCUCGGAUGAUAUUCAACAUGACACUGAUGAAAAUUUAAUCUCUAUGAUUCCAUCUGAAGGAAACACAUCUCUCUUUUAUGAGAGUGCUAUCCAAGAGCCAGAUUUCAACUAUCUCAAUGAAGUGCAAAAAAUGCAGGCAUUGAACACCCAAGUUGAGUCAUUUUCGGAUGAUCAAAUUACACAAAAUGAUUUGAACAUGCCUGAGGCCCAAGAGCUUGAUCACUACAUCAACUCUCCAUCAAGUCCUAAAUUUGUUUCUGUUCUGCCAAGUGCCAUAGGGACAGAUAGUUCUCGUUUUGAUGAGCAGACAGUGGUGGAAGAAGCAGAUGAGAUUGUGGAAAUUGAUAAAGGGCUUUUGUGUGAGUUGGAUAAUGUUGGGGACUUUAGUAUCAGACAUUUGGGAUCUGGAACGAGCGACUUUGAAAAGCGUGUAGAUUCUGUUGGAGAAGAAACUUUGUCUUCAACACAUCAUGAGGUUCACACAGUUGAAGUGAACAAAAUGGAAGGCAUUCUUCUUUCAGAGGAUUCAAGGGAUGUUCAUGAACUGGACGCAGAAUGUAAUUCAGAGAUACUAACAAGUAGAGCUGAAACUAUUGAGGUCUCAAAGGUCGUUGAAAAUGACCAUGGUUCUCUUCAUCGGGAAACAUCAGAUGAUGAGGAAACACUGUCCACAGAACAUAAAAUCAUGCCUGCUAAUUCGUCUGUGAAUCACAGUCACAAAGAUGCUUUUUCCGGGAUACCUGAAAUGGAAGUGCAAUCUGUAGAAAAUGUCAGUGUUGUUUCCACAAAGCCGGAGUUAGCAUCUGUAGAAACUGAAGUCAUGGUGGAAGUUGCUGAGAUGUCCUGUCAAGGUCAACUUGAUGCAGAUACCAGUUCUGCGAUGCCUGAAAUCGAAGCUAGUUCCAUUGAAGAUAUUGAUCUAGCCUUCAAGCAAACCAGAUCUAAAGAGCACGUUGUUUUGGAUCCACCUCAAGCUGAGCUUCAGAAUCAUGAAGAUACUGCUUCUGCAAUAUCUGAAUCUAAAUCAUUAUCCGCAGAUGACACUGAUGCUGCUCCUACUAAAACUGAAUCCACAUCUGUGGAAACUGAAACCAUAGUAGGAGUUUCUCGGACAUCCAGCUCUGAGAUGACUGAAGUUGAAGCUAGUACAGUCAAAGAUAUUGAAUUGUCAUUCACGCAAAUGAGUUCUGAGGAGCCUCGAGUUUUUGAGCCCAUUGGUGCAGAUACCCCUUCUCUGAUUCCUGAACUUGAAGCUAGAAAAGUCAAAGAGGUUGAUCUUGCCUCCAAGAAAAUCAGUUCUGUGGAAAUCGAGAAGCAUGUUGUUCUAAAAGCUGAAGUUCACGAUCGUAAAGAUACACCGGAACAGGAAGUCCUAUUGGCAGAAGAUGUUCCCAAGCAUACUGAAUUGGCUUCUGUGGAAACUGAAGUCGUCAUGGCAAGUGCUGAUGUAUCCACUCAAAAUCGAGUCCAUACAGCAGACACUCUUGAACUUACUGAAAUUGAAGCUAGUAAAGUUGAAGAAAUGGAUCUGGAAUUUGAGCAGAUCAUUUCCAAGGAAAUUGAGAAACCGGUUGAUUUAGAGUCAGUGGAUAUGAAUUCUACUUCUGGGAUGCCUGAAAUCGAAGCUGGUUCAGUCGAAGCUAUUCAUCAGGCAUUCCAGCAUAUCAGUUCCAACAAGAUCAAUGAACGUGAUGUUGGGGAAACCAUAACCGAGCAUACAGCACCACCCAGGGAUGCGAGUGAGCCAGUAUCCACUAAUGAGGCAUCACAAAUGGCUGAUAGAAAAACAGCUUUAGCUGAUUGCGCUCUGCCACUUGUUGAAUCUAGAGAAACGCAAGAAGCCUCUUCUGAACUGCAUGUUGCUGAAGUUUUUCCUUUGGAGGGUAUGGCUCUGCCUUCAACUCAAGCGUCGGAUGGUGAAACGAGAGAACAGCUAAAGCUAAAGUCGAAUGAUGAAUCAUUUGAAGUCAAGGUUGAUGAUAAGGUAGGACCCUCUGAGAACAAGUCUAUCCUUAGCAGUGUCAUUGAGGAGAAAGAGCCAAACCACGGCGAUGAAGCAGUUAAAGACUUGCAUUCUCCACCUUCUGGUAAAGGAAAAAGUAAACUCUCUAGAAGCUCAAGUUCCAGUUCCAGCUCCAGCUCAAGCUCCGACUCAAGCUCGGGAGAUACCGACAGAGUAUAGGAGGCCAGGUGGGGGAAAGGGAAGUGUUUCAUCCGUGCUUGAUAUAUGCAAUUUUCGCUGCGCGAUAAGAUGGGGUUCUUUUGUCCUGCAGCAUGACGGUUUCUUCAAGAAUGAGUUAUUUAUUUGAUUUCUUGAAGUUUUUGAGGUUUGGCGAGGUUUUUCCCUUUUGGUCUUUUCUUCUAAGUGUUUGUUGUGGGGGGACCGUUUUGAGUUGAAAAUUUGUCUUGAACUAUCUUAAUCAUGUAGUGUGUACUGUAAAAUAUGUCCAGACUUUAAAGAUUGUUGAUUAUCUGAGGGGAAAGGGUUCGUUUCGUGACUAA